ACUCACAACAACCGCACCGCAGCACACUGCAGUCUGCAUCUGAAAUAUCCUGCCAGCUGCCGCGACAACGACAAGAUCCAAGAACUCGCUCGCGCGCACGGACAAGGCCCGGAGCCGGGAGAUCGAGACUGAUCGACAGUCCGAGACGCCAUGAACGUGGAGGAGGAGGUCGGGAAACUCAAGGAGGAGAUCCAGAGGCUGGGCCAGCAGCAGCCCGAUGGCUCCUACAAGGUCAAGUUUGGUGUCCUCUUCAACGAUGAUCGGUGUGCAAAUAUUUUUGAAGCACUAGUUGGCACCUUGAGGGCCGCCAAGAAGAGGAAGGUUUUGACCUAUGAUGGCGAGCUGCUUCUGCAAGGCGUUCAUGACAAUGUGGAGAUAACCCUGUUGCCUCCUCCCGCAGUUGCUGCCGCUUAAAGUGCAGAGCGCCACAAAGUUCUCAAUUCCAUACACCUCGUAUGCUUGUAUUUCACCCUGCCUAGAUUCUCAUGAACCAUUUGGUAUUCCCAGAAGACUGCUAUUGUGUGAUGUAUGAAAUUGUUAUGCUUAAGAAAUAUCCUUGCUUGCAUAUGGUUGUGUUGCUCAAGACAUUCAAUGCUGGUAUAACAUUCAUGUGAUGAGACA